UUUUCUGCAACAGUUGCUCCUUCACUAAAUGCCCCAGUUGUAGCCAUAAGGUAGGAAUAGGAUUACAAGGGUAAAUACCGGCCAGAUGAUGGAGGGUCCCUAUCCCAUACCUGUACUUUGCUGCUUCCUCAUUCAAUUGGCAACUUCAUUCAACAUCAACCACCACACUACACUUUGUAAAAGCAAAAGAAUGGAAGAGAAACGCACACAUACCAGCGUUUGGAAACUGGGAUUUCACCAAUGAGAUGCCAAUCACUCGCUAUUUCGAGUGUGCCACACAGCCUCGCCAGCUCCGUUACACUUCUUCAACCAACCAAAAUGCUCAUCUUCGUCACCUUAACAAACCUCGUACCCUCCGUAAUUAUAAUAAACAGGAGACGAGGUACAAGAGGAAUGUGAAUGGUAACAAAGGAAAAGUGUACGACGUAAGGGAACAGGCAAGGAAGCCAACAAAAAUAAGCAAGGAGCAACAAGAUGACACCGUUCCACGAACUCCCAAACCUAUUGACGAAGAUCUCUAUAAGAUCCCUCCUGAACUUCUCCACACUUCCAACAAACGGAAGAAAAUGGUGGGGUUCAUUUCCAAGUGUCUUGUACUGUUUGUGUGCCAUGAACAAUGCUAAUCCGGAAGAAAUUAAAUCUCUAAACGUUGUCAUUCCGAGGAGUUUUUUUGGAGAGAACGAACGAAUGUGUGUUAAUAAUGAUGACAGUGAUGUGAGCAUGAAUGUAUUUUCCUUUUUAUUUAUUUUUCGUUUUGUUGGCAAUAGAUAGUUUCUUUCUUCAUUCAAGUGAAGUCAGUUUAGGAUCAUUCUCAUUCUCAUUCUAAUACUGUUUGUAAGUGUGGACUGAAUGUAUGUCCGAAUGUCUAGCGUUAAUUAAUAGUGGUGGCUGUGGGGAAGUUUAAUGUGUUGUCUUUUU